AUGGUGACGGAUAAAAAGCGCGCAGCGCGAGCUUGCGACGAAUGCCGGCGUUUGAAGGAGAAAUGCGAAGGUGGCAUUCCCUGCAGUAGAUGCUCCCAUUUCCAUCGUUCGUGCGAGUUUAAGAAUCGCGUAUCAAGAGCGCGCGAGUUCCGCGCCUACAUACCUAGAAGCAGAUCCCCUGCCAUACAGGCAGAUGUCCGAGAGCUAGCCGAGCGCUCACGGUAUAUGGAGCGUAUAUUAAGACACACAAUGCACGGAAUUUCCCUUGAUACGGACAAUCUCUCCCAGAUGGCAAAUGCCCUCGCGUCGACCAAAGAGCACCCCAGGGAACGCCCUCUGGAACCCGAAGAGGAGGAUGGUUUUUCUAUAGAUGAUGAAGCUUGUACAAUUGACCCAGUUGAAGAUACCACUACUCAUUAUUCUGGAGAAUUCUCAUACUGGAAUUUUUCUAUGCGCAUUAAACACCAGAUUGAACAUCAAACCCGGCGAUCAGUUGCUCAGCACAUUCAUAAUGCUGAUCAACGAGUCUUUGAGUACUGGCGAGCGCAACAACUGCGUUCUGGCCAUAGCCACCUAUCCGCCGCCAUCUCCUCUUGUCCCCCACGACAAAUAGCCAGGUUUCUGGCUAACAUCUUUUUCAAGUAUGCUGAAACACAUUACCUUUUCGUCCGGAAGAGGUGGUUUUUCGAAAAUCUCAACGUCCUUUAUAACGACCCUAGCAGCUUUGGUAGGAAGGGUGCCGCUGUCAUAAGCAUUAUGCUUACAGUAUUCGCCAUUGGGACACAGUAUGCGUACCUGGACUCGCCGACUCAUAAUACAACGAGUGAUGGAGAGUUUUCGGAAGAUGACAUUGGUACCAGCUUCUAUCAGAAUGCGGUUCGACUGUUGCCAGAAAUUAUUGAGUCGUCUUGCUUAGAAAGCGUCCAGGCAUGCCUACUCUUCGGGUUUUACUCAUUGCCAAUCGAUGCAUCCGGCCUCGGCUAUAUCUAUAUUAACCUCGCUGUGCGACUCGCUAUGCAGAAUGGUAUGCACCGGAAGUGUAACAGUGACGUGUUCAGUCCAGAUAUGAUUGAGACUCGAAAUCGUGUUUGGUGGACUGCCUAUUCGCUUGAGAGAAAAAUCUGCAUAUUCCACGGGCGACCUCUGUCCGUCCUGCGAUCAGACGUCGACACAGAUAUUCCUGAGUAUCGCGAGGGGAUGCACGCUGAAGAUCCCCCGUGGAAUGUUCCACGUGCUGUGACAUCUAUCCGACUUAUCCAUUUUCUCGAGAACUUUUUCCAUGAGUUGUCGCUUCUGCGGCACCGCGAAAAGAAAAGCAUACCAAAUAUCUUGGCGCGUUUACGGGACAAGAAAGACACCAUGACGGAGUGGUGGCAGUCAUUACCAACAGAUGUACCAGGUGACUUGAGCCAGCCACAGAAUCUAAGUCGUGGUGCGAUACAUCUACGACUCGAGUAUUGUCUGGUCAAUAUGUUUAUCGGACGGCCGUUCCUUCUCAGAGACCAGAGCUCACAAUCGCCCCGAGGCUCCCCGGCUGGACCAGAAUUCACAAGUGCCGGACGCGACAACGGCGAGAACUCCAGUCCAAAGCAGAUGUCUAGUACACAAAGCCUCGUCAUGGACUGCACACAGGCAGCAACGGAGGUGAUUCGACUUUGCCAGGUGCUGCGAGACAAUGGUCCAGGUCUCGCCAGAGCUUCCUACAUUGAAUACAGUUCAUGCCGAGCUUCAUUGUUAGUGUUAAUUGCCUAUUCCAUCCAGAACCGCUCGGGAGAGUAUCACAAGACAUUACAGGAUGGGCUGGACAUGAUCCGGGAAAUGGCUACCUCUGGGGACUCCGCUCGAUCGGAGGUGGCGUUGAUUGAGGCGCUGGAACGAGCGCUUGCUCGUUUGAAUUCCGAAGCACAAGCUGCACAGCUGAGCGAUGGCCCCUCGGAGACAAUACCAACGAUGUCAGACUACGAUGCAUUCAAGCGAUGGGGAUCAUCCUGGAGGAGUGGUGGGGCCGUGAACGCGGGCGAGAAUGUUGCUAUCCCUGCAACCACCGCUGCGGCAUCAGUUUGCUCUGCAAUGCCGCCUGUGAACGUUGAUCCCAAUCCACUGAGUUAUUUGGAGCCUCCGAAUUUAAGUGUAUUGUCCAACGAGCCCCGUAGAGAUAUGCAGAUGGACACCCUCAAUGCAUGGGAUCCAGUCAAUGAGUUGUCCAUUUUUGGCACCGGAAAUCUGGCGCUGCCAUCAGCCUGGCCGACACAGUCGGAAACGCAAGUGCUUGAGCAAUUUCUUGCUGUGCCCGAGGCUGGCAUAGUGCUUCGAUCUGAAGCCGAUGGCCACGGAGGCUUCGCAGAAAUGUUUCCCUACCGUGCGUCCCAAGACGCCAGGACUCGACGUUGA